AUGUGUGGCAGCUACUACGGAAACUACUAUGGCGGCCGUGGCUAUGGAUGCUGUGGCUGCAGAGGCCUGGACUGUGGCUAUGGCUCCGGCUAUGGCUGUGGCUAUGGUUCUGGUUAUGACUGUGGCUUCCGUGGGCUGGGCUGUGGCUAUGGCUCUGGUUAUGGCUGUGGCUUCCGUGGACUGGGCUGUGGCUAUGGCUCCGGCUAUGGCUCUGGCUAUGGCUGUGGCUCUGGCUACGGGACAACCUCAACAACCAGCACCAUGUGUGGCAGCUACUACGGAAACUACUAUGGCGGCCGUGGCUAUGGAUGCUGUGGCUGCAGAGGCCUGGGCUAUGGCUAUGGCUCCGGCUAUGGCUGUGGCUCCCGUGGACUGGGCUUUGGCUAUGGCUCUGGCUAUGGCUGUGGCUAUGGCUCUGGCUGUGGCUAUGGCUCCCACUCUCUGUGUGGCUGUGGCUAUGGAUGCAGCUCUGGCUAUGGCUCUGGCUUUGGCUCCUAUUAUUGA